GAGCCACUGAGGGAAGGCGACUGACUCUUGCUCUUGCUGUCUUUAAAGGGCUCUGGGACCCGCCACCCCAGGGGUUUGUGUUUGGCUGGGCAGUGAGCAUCGGCUGGGAGCAGUGUGUCAGGUAAGGUGUUCUGUGGUCGCUGUUAGCAUGGCCCAGACGUGUGUGUCACCCUGAUGGGUACUCUGGUCAUCAUGGGCCCUCCUUGCUUGACAUUUGGAUCAAAACUCCCCCAUUGAUCCCCCUCUUCCUACUUGCCCCCACCCAUGCUUCAGCCCUGAGGGUGGGGCCCUCACAUCCCUGGAGCAGGUGCCAGGAAUGCCUUGACACAGCCUUAGUCUCUGGAACCCUGACUGUUAGGAUGAGCCUUCCCAGCAGCAGAUCCCCAGACACGGACAUUGGAAAGGCCACUCUAAGACCGCUCCAGCCAGGGCCCUAACUACAAGCUCUGCUUCUCGAGACAUUUGCCAGGCGCCAAAAACAUCUCCAGUGCUCCGUCCAGGAGCAGCCAAUGGAGAGGGCAGCCCGGCCCCCUCCUUCUCUCCCCCAGCGGCAUCCCAGCCUCCUACCUCUCUCUUCCCUCCCUCCCUUCCUCUCUCUCGCCUGGGCCCUGGGCCGCCUGCCUCAGAAGUGGGGACCCGGGAGAGUUGCAAGACGCCUGGUCUGCCCUGUGGGUCCUGGACAGAGCCCCCACUUCUGCAAAGAUGACUUGGAGACAGGUCUUCCUGCUGUCUGGCUUCUCCGCCCUGGUGCUCCUGUCUAUGCUGGGAGAGGGAACCGCGCAGGCAGCGGGAGAAGAGGCCAGCCCGGAUGCAAAGCAGAAGAUUUUCAUGCAGGAGUCAGAUGCCUCGAAUUUCCUCAAGAGGCGUGGCAAGCGGUCUCCCAAGCCCCAAGAUGAGGUCAAUGCGGAAAACAGGCAGAAGCUUCGGGCUGAUGAGCUGCGCAGAGAAUAUUAUGAGGAACAAAGGAAUGAAUCUGAGAACUUCGUGGAGGAACAGAAUGAUGAUUGUCAUGCUCCUGAGGAAAAUCACCUGGUACCUCCUGGGUGCACGUGACCUUGGAUGUGAGGCCUCGGUGGACUGGGGAGGCAGCACCCUCGGAAGGCAUCUCUUAGUGAAAAGGACACCAGCCCUGGGUACCAAGUGCUGCAGGCUAUGCCCCCUGCCCUGCAGGUGGCACCUGGCCGAGCCCUGCAAACAGGUGUUGGGUUCGGAUCCUGGCAAAUCAAACUCUCUUAGGGACAUACUGGGAAAAAUUCCGGCCGUCACAGCUUGGAAGCACAUACUUCUGCUAGAGAUGUGUUUGUCUUGGUGGGCAGCUUGGGGAGAAGCAUUUAAAAGUUGAAAAUGUGGCCUUCAAAAUUCCUUCAGUGUGUUUUCGACUCAAAAAUAGCAUUUUAUUUUGAGCAGUUUUAAAUGUUUCAGGUCCAAAGCUCUGGCGAAUUGACGGAAAAAGCAUUCACUGUUUUCCCUUUCAUGAUGAAUUCGGGAUGCAGGGUUGGGCGCCUGCAGGUCCUCUGACAGGAUAGGAAGGCAGGAGACGCUAGGUCUCACCCACGCAGAUGGCAAAAACACGGGUCUUUGGGGAUUGCGGUUCCAGAAGCUGUUGUCCUUGAGCCCUUGCUCUGCCAGGCACUGUAAGGGACCACCUAAUCCUUACAAUCUGCCUCUGAGACAGGCCUUGUAAUUUCCAGCUCACAGUUUCAAAAAUGGAGGCUUAGCUGGGUACCGUA